AUGUAUCAUUGUAGGUGCCCUUCCCAGCCUCUCAUUGACAGUUUUGACCAUCAUCAAAGUCCUGAGGCCUGGGAGAGCAGGAACCUAUUGUUUCAGGCAUCAGUGACUUUUGAGGACGUGGCUGUGUACUUCACUGAGAAGGAAUGGGCCAGCCUGCUGCCUGCUCAGAGGGCCCUGUACAGGGAUGUGAUGCUGGAGAACUGUGGGGCUGUGGCCUUCCUAGCAUCACCCACUUCCAAACCAGCUCUGAUCUCUCAUCUGGAACAAGGGAAAGAGCCCUGUUUUACCCAGCCACAGGGAUCCCUAAGCAGGAGGAGCAGGAGAACAGACCGUACAGGAUACAUCUCAACAAUAAGAAGACUCGCCUACUUAGCUAAAAUAAUAUCACAUGAAAUAAAAUUAAAAAUUCCUCAAAAUCAUCUGUUUUGGGAAGACAGGAGAAAGGCUUAAUUUUUUAUCUCUUUUUUUUGAGGAAGA